AUGUUUUGCUUUACACAAUUCAUCAAAUAUUAUUUUUUAGAACUAUUACCAAUUUAUGCUGAGCACAUUUAUAUAUACAGUCGUUGGUUACCUUAUGUACCAUCUUUUUUACUCCAUAUUAUUCCAUGGUGCGUGAUGUUUGAUGCCUCAUCUCUAAAUACUAAUGAUGGCCACAAACGUUUUCUUUAUAUUCAAAACCUGGUAAAUAUCCGCGGCCGCGUUGUAUCAGAAGAGAUUGUAAUCUCAUGCAGAACCAAGGACCACUUAGUAAGACUAUUGGAUGUAAUUUUUACUCAGAGAUAA